AUGCUCCGUCAAAUAAAACCCCGGAAUGCGCGCUCCAAGCGCGCGCUCGAGAAGCGGGCACCGAAGAUCGUCGAGAAUCCCAAGACUUGUCUGUUCCUCCGCGGCACCACUUGCAGUCAGAUUACCCAAGAUGCCAUGAACGACCUGUAUGCUAUGCGGCAGGUGCAUGCGAAGCGCUUCCACAAGAAAAAUGCAAUCCACCCAUUCGAGGACGCCACUUCGCUGUGCUUCUUUUCCGAGAAGAACGACUGCAGUUUGAUGGUCUUUGGCAGCAGCAAUAAGAAGCGGCCACAUACUCUGACGUUUGUGCGUAUGUUUGAUUAUAAGGUUCUGGACAUGCUGGAGUUCUAUCUCGACCCCGACACGUAUCGGAGCAUAUCCCAAUUCAAAACCAGCAAGAUCCCGAUCGGGAUGCGCCCGAUGAUGGUAUUCGCGGGAACUGCAUUUGAAUCCCCCGUACCGAACGCCUUUACCAUGGCCAAGUCCAUGCUAAUCGAUUUCUUCCGCGGCGAGCCCUCCGACAAGAUUGACGUGGAAGGCCUGCGCUUCGUCGUCGUCGUCACAGCCGAUGAGCCCACAUCCUCGACCUCGACCAACAAUGACGGCGAGAACCCGGCCCCUCUCCCGGGAAUGACCGACCCCCGAAGCAUUGACCCCUCCCAAAAACCGAUCCUGCGCCUGCGCGUCUACGGCAUCCGCACCAAGCGCUCGGGGACUCGUCUGCCGCGCGUGGAGGUCGAGGAGCACGGUCCGCGGAUGGACUUCCGCCUGGGCCGGAUGCGCGAGCCCGAUCCGGCCAUGCUCAAGGAGGCCAUGAAGAAAGCCAAAACGCCGCAGGAGGAGCGGACCAAGAAGAACAUCUCGAUGGAUUUGCUGGGCGACAAGAUUGGUCGUAUCCAUAUGGGCAAGACCGAUCUGAGCAAGCUGCAGACGAGGAAAAUGAAGGGUUUGAAGAGAGGGAGGGAUGAGGAUGAGGGCGGUGAAGAUGAUAGAACGGACGUCGUGGAAGCUGGAAGCGGGGAGAAGAAGAAAAAGAAGAAGGUCAAGGGUUGA